AAACGCGUUCACGUCUGGAUAUCUUGCCGGGACUAGAUCUUAAAAAUGACAAGGAAUAUGUGCACCUGAUAGAACAGUCCAUUCGUUGGAAAAUCGACACGGUCGAAACAGUACAGGGAACACGACACGAUGAGUGACUGUCGGGGCGUCACGCGGUACGAACGGCUGGUUUGAACACCGGUCGUUGCUAGUCGCUCACUCGGGAUCCCCGAAUCGUGGCAGUCGGACGGUGUGAUUGUUAAUUCUCGUUUAAAUAAUAUAUUAACGAGCCGCUAGCUUUUCGGCCGGGGUAAAUGUGGUGCGUCGGAUGUUAAGCGGUUUUGAUGGCACACCCGUGACCAAUGCUCCUUCAGGAUAAAGGCGCAAGAGGAAGACAGUGAUUCACACCUUCGAGGUCAAAGGGAAAGAAUAACAUGGGGAAAGGCGAUAAGAGAGGCAUCGCGCAACGUAGCGACGCGGGCACAAAUUUCGUGGGCAAAUUUACACAGAGUGUACGGAGGAUCGUCCAGGAUGUAAAGGAUGAGGGAACAUCAAGUGGUCAAACCAAAGAAGAAGUGAUCGAGACGAAUAAAAGAUUAAGAAUCGUCAGGAUACGCCUGGAUGGUAGCUACGAGAUCGCAAAGCGUGCUCUGGUUGACCUUAUGUGCAAAUACACGGACAGCAAGCAAGUGCGCAAUGUAUUUCAACGUUACAACCUACUAAAAGUCAUGAUCAAGGACGUGAUUAAGUUAGAGACCCAAUAUUGGACACUGGUCGACAUACCGAAGCAGGAGAAACAGGAAACAGUGCCCGCGUUUGUCCUUCGAGCGUGUUCCAUCAUGGAGAAAACUCACAAAAGCGGGGAAGGUGUAAAAACCACUGCUCGCUUAGCCGAAGAGGUGGAGAAUAAACGUGAACGCAUCGAGAGACUUGAAAGUAUGACAACGGCACAAAUCGAGGCAGAAAAUACGCAGCUGACUAACGACCUCUACAGACUGCUGAAAAGAUAUACAGGCCUGAGAAAUCUCAUCCGAGAUUUAAAGGAGGAGUACAAUAGUUCGAAAAUGUAUCCAAUCUUCCCGCGUUAUCCAAUAUUGAAGGAUAUGAUAAAGGACAUCAUGCACAACCCAGACUACAUGGAGGUGUGCCACGAGGUAGAUCAAGCAUAGCGGCCGGACCCCCUCCACCGUUCGCCACGCAUGACCAUGUAAAAUUUUGCUUUGCAAAAGUGAUCAUUGUGGCUGUCGGUGAAGGGGGUGAACCAGACAAUAGGAGCCUGAACGAGACGUUACCAUCACAAACACCGGCGUCUCUUUUCAUGGAUACUCAUAUAGAUAAACUGAUUAACAUUUUGACUGCCAUGUCGUCCAAAAGCAUCUGACGCUGAAUUUGAUCCAGACCUAAAAUUUAAUCUUCACGCGAAAACAUUAAAAGAGCAAAGCUUGACUAGCGCUGUCGAGAUUCGAGACGUUGUUUCUUUUUUAUUUUUAAUCUUGUUGUACUAUUGUAUAUUAAGCGAACGGCUGGCAGUCAAGCUUCGAAGCGAAUCUGCACCAAUUUCUACAAAAUCGUUUAUUCCUUACCCGCGUGUUAUGUUUGUACUGGACUCUUUACACCAUCAUCUCGAACAGUUGAAAUUUUAUAACGAGACAAACAUUUCUGUUUAACUCGCGUUCUGGUGAAUUAUGCUGUAAAAGUCUAUAUUUGCAUAAACAUCUACUUGCCAGUAAUAUAGUAACUUAACAAAGAGAGUACAGACGGUAACUUAGCAUACUAU